AUGUCCUCCACCUCUGUUAUUACAGCUUCCGUAUUAUAUUCUCUUCUCUUUCUUAUUAGUCAACGCAACACGAAAUCAAAUGAAUAUGGAACCGGACCGAUCGUUCGGACCGCGAUCCCAAAAGAUGUCCGGCCGGCCGGUUCGCAGUUUCCACAGAACCCUUUAGCCAAGAGAAAGGGUUCGACUUUAGAGAGAAAGGUCAAGUUUCUCUUCGGUCUUGAUCGCGGUUUCUCUUCUCGCUCCAAGCUGAUGAGCUCUACGUCUUCCUCCAAGAUGGCUCCGCUUGUAGCUGACAAGCAUUCACGAUACAUUCUGAUGGCAGAGAAGAAGAAAGAGAGUUUUGAGUCUGUGGUGAUGGAUCAUCUAAGAAUGAAUGGUGCAUACUGGGGACUGACCACUCUAGAUUUACUCGAGAAGCUGGGCUCUGUUUCCGAAGAUGAAGUUGUUUCCUGGCUCAUGACGUGCCAGCAUGAAUCUGGUGGUUUUGCAGGCAAUACUGGACACGAUCCACAUAUUUUGUAUACACUCAGUGCUGUACAAAUCUUGGCCCUCUUUGACAAGCUAAACAUUCUUGACGUUGAAAAAGUAUCAACUUAUGUUGCUGGGUUGCAGAAUGAAAAUGGAUCUUUCUCAGGAGAUAUGUGGGGAGAAAUUGAUACAAGGUUUUCGUACAUAGCUAUAUACUGUCUCUCAAUAUUAAAAUGUCUUGGGAAGAUCAACGUGGAGAAGGCUGUUGAUUACAUUAUGAGCUGCAAAAACCUGGACGGUGGUUUUGGGUGCACACCUGGAGGAGAGUCUCAUGCAGGACAGAUUUUCUGUUGCGUGGGGGCUCUUGCUAUCACUGGGAAUCUCCAUCGUGUUGAUAAGGACGUAUUAGGGUGGUGGUUAUGUGAAAGACAAAAAGAGUGUGGGGGUUUAAAUGGGAGACCUGAGAAGGACCCUGAUGUUUGCUAUUCUUGGUGGGUCCUAUCGAGCCUAAUCAUGAUAGAUAGAGUUCACUGGAUCGACAAGGCAAAGCUUGUCAAGUUCAUCUUAGCCUGUCAGGAUUUGGACAACGGAGGCAUCUCUGAUAGACCAAACGAUGCUGUUGAUAUCUUCCACACCUACUUUGGAGUUGCUGGUCUUUCCCUCCUUGAGUAUCCUGGAGUCAAAGCAAUUGAUCCAGCCUACGCUUUGCCUGUUGAUGUCAUCAACCGGAUUAUCUUCACCAAAUGA